GAACAGGCAGCAGCAAGUUAGCGGUGAAAGGCAGCGCCCCUCCUGCCCUAGCAGCUCGGACAGACAUGGGGGAAAUUAUUCUUCCAAGGCGCAUGUUCCUCUGGUGCAUGGCGGUCAUCUAUUUGACUGCUUUUGUCUCCCUCUAUGUGCAGAUACCAGGUCUCUAUGGUAAUGAUGGGCUGCUGCCUGCACGACGGCAGCUGCGAUACAGUGGUAAGCCUCUGCUGGAACAGCUACAGUCCUCUCCCACCCUGCUGUGGUUAGGACCUCAGCUUGGCCUGGACACGCACACCGCCAUAGAGCUGCUGUGCCUCUUAGGGGCAGCGUUGAGCCUGGCUGCCACGCUGGUGGAGGCUCUGCGAGAUAGCGUGGUGUUUCUUUGCCUCUGGGCCUUGUACCUGUCAAUGUACCAGGUGGGCCAGGUCUUUCUCUACUUCCAGUGGGACAACCUGCUUCUGGAGACGGGGUUUCUCUGUGUCCUUGUGGCUCCGCUGACAUUAAUCAGGGGGUCCCGGAGGUUCAGAGAACAUGAUGGUGUGACCUUCUGGCUGAUCCGCUGGCUGCUCUUCAGGCUCAUGUUUGCAUCUGGAGUGGUGAAACUCACAUCACGUUGUCCAACAUGGUGGGGUCUUACAGCUCUGACAUAUCACUACGAGACUCAGUGUAUACCUACUCCGCUGGCCUGGUUUGCCCACCAGUUGCCAGUUUGGUGGCAGAAGCUGAGUGUGAUGGGAACCUUCGUCAUAGAGAUCGUUGUACCACUGUUUUUCUUCAGCCCUCUGCGCAGGCUGCGACUCGGAGCUUUUUACUUGCAGGUGCUGCUCCAAGUGCUCAUCAUUUUGACAGGCAACUACAACUUCUUCAACCUGCUGACAUUAACCCUCAGUCUGUCUCUGCUCGACGACCAACAUGUACACUUCUGGCUGCGCAAGACAGACAAGACCACCAACCACAACUCCAAGCUGUGGUCGUGGCUGUGUUACCUGCUGGAGCUGGCAGUCUGGUCUCUCCUGAUCUUUGGCUCAGUCAUAUGUUUUGAUCUUCAGCUGGACACCACAAAGAACGCAGUCUCCUCCAGGACAGCAUUCACAUACCACCACUUUAACAAUUUUCUGAAGACUGUCACCAUCCCCUCUGUCUGGAUUGGGGUCCUGUCUCUCACGUGGGAGAUGGUCAAAGCCAUGUUCAGGUGUGCAUGCGUCUCUGGCUUCCUGAAGAGAUUUUGGGGAACCCUCCAGUGGACUGUGUUUGCUGCUGCCACUGCUGCCAUGUUCACUAUCAGUCUGGUGCCGUAUACCUAUAUUGAGUUUGACUCUAAUGCUAGGUUGUGGCCAGGAGUGCGUCAGGUACACGAGCUGGUCGAUCGCUACCAGCUGGUCAACUCAUACGGUCUGUUCAGAAGGAUGACCGGCGUUGCUGGGCGGCCAGAAGUUGUCAUUGAGGGGAGUAACGACGGAGUCCAAUGGACGGAGAUUGAGUUUAUGUAUAAGCCAGGCAAUCUGAGUGGACCUCCUCCUAUGGUGACACCUCAUCAGCCCAGGUUGGACUGGCAAAUGUGGUUUGCUGCCCUCGGGCACCAUACGCAGGCUCCAUGGUUCACCAGCCUGAUGUACAGACUGCUGCAGGGCAAGAAAGAUGUGAUAGAGCUGAUCCAGACGGAUGUCACUCAAUAUCCAUUCCACAAGGAGCCCCCUGCUUACCUCCGAGCCCACCGCUACAGAUACUGGUUUACUGAACCAAAGGCUGACGGAUCCUACCCAGAGCGAUGGUGGAGGAGGGUCUAUGAUGAGGAAUUUUAUCCCACGGUGCACCUGGGAAACUCAUUCCUAGAGAGCAUGCUUAACCAGCACGGACUCAAGGAUAAAUCGCCUCCACGUAUGCCUAAAACCAGAGUUGCCAGGGCGAUGAGGUGGGUGCGCUCUCAGGUCAGGGGUGUUCCCUCUGAAGUGUUAAUCUGGACCCUCAUUGCCUGCAGUGCCACCUUGUGUCUACUAAAGGGAUUGCGAAACAGACACAAAUACACUGAACCAAAAGCAAACGCGUCUGAGACUGCCAACAAUCACACAGAAGCGACACACGACAGCACUUCAGACCACCUCGGGAAGUCAGAUGAACAACAGGAAGAGGAAGGGGUAAAUGAAGAGGACAGUGAGGAUGAGGUGGAGGAAGGUGACACAGGGGAGAAAGGCAAGGUUACUGAUGAUGAAGAGAAUGAGGAGGAAGAGGGGGAUGAUGAGGAGGAAGAAGAGAGAGAAAAAGAUGACAACCUGCGAAAAAGAAAGUUUUAAGAUGCAAGUCAUCUUUAAUCACCAUCUGCCUUCAUAAAAUCUUACUAAAAUGACCAAAGAAAUUGUUUGUAUAUUUGUAUUUCCUGGUGAGACAGUUAUGGAAAAAAGUUUAUUAUUGUUUAUUGCUGUCUCACCUUAAUGCAGUACAUGACUCAUAAAGCACUUACUUUUAUCAGAAACACUAAAACCACUCUGGUCAGUAUUUAAUUUGCCUAUGUUUAAUAAUCCGAGAGAGAUCUUCUCAACAAAUCAAGUGAAAGCAGAAAUUACUUCUUUUUUUUGUUAGGAGGGUGAACAUGUAUAUCGUUUCAGAUUUUUUCUUCCGUGCCAUUUUUUGUACUUUUUCUACGUGGUUUAUUCAGGUGUGGUUCUACUUCUAGGUGAAUGCAGGUGUUUGUGUUUGCUUAAUGUUGUUAUUGUAUU